CGCGGCCGCCCCGCUCCGGCGCCGUGCGCGGCGCCGCCGGAGCAGGAGCAGGAGCGACUCCCGCUGCUCCCGGCGCGUCCCUCCUCCUCCUCCUCCUCCUCCUGCCUGGCACCGCGUGCCGGCGGCGGGUGCACGGUGACCUUACGGAGCGUGCAUUACCUCACAGGAUCUGAUGUGAGCACUCUGAGGCAGAAGAAGCAGGGAACAGAGCAAGCGGUCGGAGGAGCAUCAUUUCUACGGAAUGAUUGAAGAUUGUGGGAAAAGAGGAAAUACCAUGGCAGAAAGAAGGCAGCUGUUUGCAGAAAUGCGGGCUCAGGAUCUGGAUCGCAUUCGUUUGUCCACCUACCGAACAGCAUGCAAGCUUAGAUUUGUUCAGAAGAAAUGCAACUUGCACCUGGUGGACAUCUGGAAUGUGAUAGAAGCCUUGAGGGAAAAUGCACUGAACAACCUAGACCCCAACAUCGAACUGAACGUGGCCCGCCUGGAGGCUGUGAUUUCAACAAUCUUCUACCAGCUCAACAAACGGAUGCCAACGACUCACCAGAUCAACGUGGAGCAAUCCAUCAGCUUACUGCUCAACUUCUUGCUAGCAGCCUUUGAUCCGGAAGGACAUGGUAAAAUUUCCGUUUUUGCUGUCAAAAUGGCCUUGGCAACACUUUGUGGAGGAAAAAUCAUGGACAAAUUAAGAUAUAUUUUCUCAAUGAUUUCCGACUCCAGUGGAGUGAUGGUUUAUGGCAGAUACGACAUGUUUCUGCGGGAGGUUCUCAAGCUGCCCACAGCUGUUUUUGAAGGACCUUCAUUUGGUUAUACUGAGCAGUCAGCAAAAUCCUGUUUCUCACAACAGAAAAAAGUCACAUUAAACACUUUCUUGGAUACUCUCAUGUCUGAUCCCCCGCCACAGUGUCUAGUGUGGUUACCACUUCUGCAUCGACUGGCAAAUGUUGAAAAUGUCUUCCACCCCGUCGAGUGUUCCUACUGCCACAGCGAGAGCAUGAUGGGGUUUCGCUACCGCUGCCAGCAGUGUCACAAUUACCAGCUCUGUCAGGACUGCUUCUGGAGGGGCCAUGCCAGCGGUUCCCACAGCAACCAGCACCAAAUGAAAGAGUACACGUCAUGGAAAUCACCUGCUAAGAAGCUAACUAAUGCACUUAGCAAGUCUUUAAGCUGUGCUUCCAGCCGUGAACCUUUGCACCCAAUGUUCCCUGACCAGCCUGAAAAACCUCUAAACCUGGCUCAUAUUGUGCCCCCCCGACCUGUAACCAGCAUGAACGACACACUCUUCUCCCACUCUGUUCCCUCGGGAAGUCCCUUUGCAAACAGAAGGUUACUUGGGGGUAUAAAUGCAGCCAGUCCUGUGGCUGAUGAGCAUUCUCUUAUAAAGCUGUAUGUAAAUCAGCUUCACAACAAUUCACGCGUGCUCGACAGCGCAAGUCGCCUGGAUGAAGAACAUAAGCUGAUCGCCAGGUAUGCAGCAAGGCUGGCAGCAGAAACUUCUUCAUCACAGCAGAGUCAGCAGAGAGGAGCAUCAGAUAUCUCCUUCACCAUUGAUGCAAACAAGCAACAAAGGCAGCUGAUUGCAGAGCUUGAAAAUAAAAACCGAGAAAUCCUACAGGAGAUCCAGAGGCUGCGACUUGAACAUGAGCAAGCAUCUCAGCCCACACCAGAGAAGGCACAACAAAAUCCCACUCUCCUUGCAGAGCUCCGGCUGCUGAGACAGCGGAAGGAUGAGCUGGAACAGAGGAUGUCUGCUCUCCAGGAAAGCCGGAGGGAGCUUAUGGUUCAGUUGGAAGGCCUCAUGAAACUGCUAAAGACCCAAGGGGCAGGGUCCCCACGUUCCUCACCCAGCCACACGAUCAGUCGACCUAUUCCAAUGCCCAUCAGGUCUGCCUCUGCCUGCUCCACCCCAACCCACGCACCUCAGGACUCUCUGACCGGAGUGGGAGGAGACGUGCAGGAAGCCUUUGCACAAAGUGCAAGACGAAACUUAAGAAAUGAUCUGCUGGUAGCAGCAGAUUCAAUCACCAACACCAUGUCUUCUUUGGUCAAAGAACUAAAUUCUGAAGUGGGCAGCGAGACAGAAAGCAACGUGGAUUCUGAAUUUGGACGGACUCAUUUUGAUGACCUGGUUCCAUCCCCGACGUCUGAAAAGGCUUUCCUCGCGCAGAUCCAUGCCCGGAAGCCAGGGUACAUCCACAGCGCUGCUGCCACUGGCUCCAUCCGUAGUGACAUGGUUACAGAAGAUGGAGACCCCUAUGUCAGAGCAGAUGAUGAAAAUUAUGAGAAUGACUCUGUCCGCCAGCUGGAGAACGAACUGAAAAUGGAGGAGUACCUGAAGCAGAAGCUGCAGGAUGAGGCAUACCAGGUCAGUUUGCAAAGUUGAGUGCAAUAUCCUUCUCUCUCCUCUCAAGGAAGCUGCAGUCAGACAGACAAUGACAGCUACGUAAGAACUGAUGAUGAGGAGAGCUGCUUUCGGACAGACGAUGAAGAAAACUCAGCUGCAAACUUCACAGAAGAAUGGAACCAAGAGGUGCAGCGUCUGUUGACAAAAAAAUCACAUAACUAAGUUCUGAGGACUGUAGCACAGUACUUUUGUUCUAAGAGUUGUAGUUUGUAGAUGUGUGUUUUUGACAACAAGGCUUUUGUUUAAAGCUAACUUAUAUUAGCUACAUCUUCUGUAACAUGGCUCAUUACUGGUGAAGCAAACAGACUGACGUACGUACUGCUGUUACACAGGACAGCGGUAUUAAUAACUCACGUGAACCCUUUGCACAUGAUAUUGAACCUGUUCAGUUUACAAUGACAAUACUGUUUAUAGAUAGAAAUUUGAUUUCUGAAUACUUUGAGAUUUUAGUAGAUUGGUUUACUAUAUACUGUACAUUUUUUUCCACAGAUGAAAUAAAAAGCGACAAUUAUGCAUUUAACACUGAAUAAUAAUACUCCUGAGUGUAUAUAUCUAGUAGCCCAAAAAACAAAGUACCAGACUAUCUUUUGCAAUUUGUUUGCAAGUCUUUAAAUUAAGGCUUAUACAAAAUGUACUAAAAUAAUGAUUAUAAUAAUAUAAUUAAUAAUAAUAAUAAUAAACUUCUCUAAUUUAGGGCUAACGUGUAACUUAGGAAUGUUUCUUUCAAAAUAAUCUAACAAAUCAGCCAUAGAAGUUAGUGUAAAUAUUUUUUUUCCAAAUAGAUAUCAUAUACAAAAGGUGACAUUCAAAUGAUAUAGAAUCUAGUUUUUAAAUCAGCACAGAUCUUCUUAAAACUGUGAACUAUGUUUUGAAAUACUCGUUGCUAAAGCUGUUUAUAAACCACAGGUGCCAUAAGAUCCCUGAACUGACUGAUGUUACGUAUAAUCCUCCAUGGUAUUGUUUCAUUGAUGUUUUAGCUUUAGUAGGCAUGUGUUCAACAAACCGGCUCUUUCCAUCUCUCUGCCCCUCCUCUCCUCCCCGCCCCCCUUCAUUAUGUUAUUUUCGAGGCCUUCAGCUUUAAAUGUACAGGCUUAAAGUGCGCUUGCAACUGUUCUCUUUUGAUUUCCGAAUGUGUACUGCCUUAGCCAGCCACCAGAUGUUCUGCAUGCUCUCUUGGAAAUGUGUGGUGAGAACUCCUUCAGAGCUGGAUGGAGAAAUAGCGAUCAGUGAAAAGCACAAGAAGAGCGGUGGAUUUUUUCAGAAGGACAGCCAUACAGUUACAGAAUUGGAGAUUGGUCUGGUUUAGUGAUUUUUUUCAGUAUCAAGGCAUUUCAGGAGAAAGGAGACUGACCUGGCCAUUGUGGGUUAGACAGUGAGACUGCUGGCUAAGAAGUGUUUGCUCUGCUGUGACUACAAACCUACAGAUACCCUGAGCAGGGAUUGACACAAAUCAGCUGUAACGUGCUCCCCAGAGCACACUGCUUGGAAAUAAAGGUGACACCCGUAUGGCACAUAGCACUGCCCUGCAGAGAAACCAGAGCCAGGCCCUCAAGAGCUGGAGUAGCAGCGGCCAGGGACACCAGGAGAUGUUCCAUGCUGGCUGCCCAGCCCUCCUGAGCUGCGCAGUGUAUGAGCUCAGGACCACCUCUGUGCCAAGGUAAUUUUACUGCCCUAAUACAACGUUAGGCUUCCAGUACCUGGCUGAUCUGAAGUGACACUGUCUAACAGCCCUAAAAACAGUGGUGUUUCAUACAGAUAUUUCACACCAGCACAGUUUGCCUACAGCAAGUGAUGAGAUACCCAUCUAAAGCAGGUGAACAUGGCUUGUCUGUCCUUGCUUUCAUGGUGACGUGGAUGUGCGCUGCCGUAUUUACCUGAGAUUGUAGCUCGACCCAGUGAGUCCACUUGUUUGCAUGCACUCUCCAGGCUCAUGGCUGUUUCCCUGGGCACUAUGUGUUAGGGAAUGAGUAUCUGUAUGAAAGAGCUGCUGCCGUUUUUCACUUCCAUAUCGUUUUAUUGCGUACGCAGAUCUCUUGUCCACAUCUCCUUGCAUAUCUGGGCUUGGUCUCAGACAUCCAAAUGCAUACUAAGGGUUCCAGAUAUCUUCAUGUAAGCUUUUCAUUUUUGCAAUCACUGGUCUUUGCUCCUGGGGUAUGUGCCGUCCUGGCAAGGCAGGCACCAUAUCCUCCACUGCCUCCUCCUCCAACCUCCUCUCAGGAAUGGGUUAGCCUCCACUAGUGCCUAGCACUCCAUGUUUUAAGCUUCUCCAGUGAACCUGUAGACAUUGCUGUCAGCUCAGGAUUCCAGGCAAGCAUUUUCUGAACAGGAAGAAGACAAGCUAGAACACAGCUACAUGCAAUGGCUGAUUAAUUCUACCCAUGUCAUGUUUAACUGUACCCAGAGUAAGAGAUCCCUCUCAUCAUCUUAAUGUCUGCGUGCUCAUUAUCACUAUGCUUAAAAUAGAUGCAGUAAACUAAAUCCAUUGCAAGAGCUUCUAAACUAGGAGUAACGACUAAAGUUGACUAAUCAAGCACCUUUCUUUUAGGCUGGUGUCAACAAGGUGAUCCCUUAGAGCUGGAGUUCUGGGUCCCUUAUGCCCUGGAGCUCUGAGAUGAAGCACCUCUUACUUAGCUCUCCAAAUGUCUAUUUUAAGCAUUUUCCAACUGUUAAGCUGGCUGCAUUUUCACCCAGCUGGUCUUUUGUCUGUUUGUUGAAUAUUAUUUUGGUUGUGGUUUGCGGUCAUUAAAACAGUUACAGAAGAGGUCCCUGGCAUGGCCCUUUUCUUAACUACCAGUGGCCCACCACAGCAGUCAAAACUCCGGGUGGUUUUACUGUCACUGGAGGAAAACCAGUGGUUUGGAAUCAGGAGACAGGGAUGUGAAGAUGUAUAGGGUCCUUGAAUGUCCAAAGUGAAGGUGGAGAAUGGGUUGUCUGUAAGUAGUAAUGUUAACUAAACUGCAUAAAAAAGGUGUGUGGCCUUUGUUGUGAAAUAAUAUGUAUUUUCUUAUAUGCAUGAGCCAAAUUGUUGCAUCAUAAUUUAUCAUAAGUGUGUCCACCUUUACUUUCAGUCGUCAUCUUCUCCCAUCCUUAUUGGUUCUUGGCAAUUACUGUAGAUAGACCUUGUAAAUAUUGCAACCUCGGGUUGCUGUAAUCACGUUGGUUCAAUUCAGCAGACGGAGCUGUGAACAACAAGCACUCCACUGUGUCCUAAAGACAAAAGGGCAUUUUUACCUUUGAACCAAAAAAAAAGAAAAAAAAAAAAAGUAUGAGGAGUUACAUCUUGAGGCUACUAACUGUAAGACAUUUUUAAAGCUACUGUACUUGACACCACUUGAGACAGAUAUAGAGACACUAAAGAUGUCACGAUAUUCAUUGGUAUUGUAACAGAACUGCUAUUGUAUGGGGUUUUUGUAUUGCUGUUAAGUAUUGUUUUGUGUGUGUGUGUUGGAACCUACUGGGGACAUGUUAUAUUUUGAAGUGAUUAAACUAUUUAAUUGUGUGUCUAUAUUUUGGAAUGGAAUUAUUUCUUCAUUAAAAAGAUUUUUAAAAGGAA